GGCAAACAAGGGCCCUACAUCCACACCCAGCACAGGCCCGCAGGAAUCGCCACGAGGGUAGACACCUGAAGAAAACCCACUGAGGGCGCCGCGCUUUUACGCCCUUCGCGGUGAUAAGACCGCGCCGCCUGAAGAGCUCGACACUUGGCGACACCUUCGGCGCUAGCACAGACGCCAAACAUCAAGACGAGAAACAGAGAACAAGGAGCAACGAACUGAACCAAACGGGAAAACGAAACAGAGGGGCCAAGGCGUGCCGCCAUGAGGAGGGGCGGACCUUGGGGGGGCAAGCGAAUCAGGGCGGCACAAGCUCGCGCCUCUUGUUUGGAGAGAGCUCCAGCGCUUGGAGGUCUCGGAGCUUGCCCGCGACCAUGCGACCAGAGCGGGGCGGGCGACCUGGGAGGCUUCUAGCUUGCUGGCGUUCUUCGGGGUUGUCUGUGUUUCUGGGUGGCGGGCUGCGCUUUCUUUUCUGUUCUGUCGUCUCUUCUCUUGUCUCUGUCCUCUGCUGUUGUUGGUUUGUUCGCCGUCGGGGGCUCUGCUGGUUUGUGUCAGUCUGGGCUAGAAAGCCCGCAGGCGUGCCUCCGCCCCAAGUCUUCAAGGGAUGAAGGCGUGCCGCCUUUGUUCGGCGUCUUUCUUGAGUCUCUCUCUCUUAGAGUAGUCGGGGUUCGCCUCGUAUUAAAAUUCAUUGGAGGCAGCCAGACUUGGUUGCGUCGUAUUUCUGCUGAAAGAAUGAGCAACGUCGAGCACCUGUCGAGAUAAUUGCAGGACUUGGCUCCCCGUGCGGUAGCUAGAUUCUUGCUGUUAGUGAUAGUGACGGCAUCUUGCUUCGCUUCGUUUCUGAUAGGUGCUUGCACUUCUUUACUUUGUCUAUGAGCACAGUAGGCACGUGAAUCAGUCUAGAAGAAAUGAGCUUGACCGCGAGGUGUGUCUUUUGGUGCUAGUCAUAAGUAUGACGGUGCUUAUUGUUGGUUUCAGCAUCGAUGAGUGAUGUUGGCGCGAUGGUUGCUGCUGGUUUGAGCCCUGACGAAUGGCGCUGGCAGCUGCAGCAAUGGUUGGAUUAUGGAUAGGCUUUAGAGACGUUUCAGCUACCACUGUUCGCUUUGCCUUUCUCAAGGGGGAAAGGCAAAGCAAGGGAACGGUGUAAGAGAACACGAAAAGGCAGAUUCCAGCUUCUAAUGUGGCAAUCCGAUGGAGCCUGAAGAAGAGCCGGACCAGGUUCGGGAGCUCAUGGCGAGGAUCCGCGCAGAGCGAGACACCCGAUACAUGGACUGGACCUGGCAUGCCAUCCGACUAGAGGAACAAGAUAAGAACUAUUUUGCAAUGGAGGCUCGUUACACGCAGGAGAAGAUAUUGCUAAGAGUGUUGCCGUUCCAAUUGCGUAAUGGUCUGUAAUCAUGAUUAAUAUUCUUCACCAAGAAUGUAGUUUUUACUAAUAUAUCAGGAGUCGCAUCGAGAUCGAGGACGUAACUCUUUGAGACGCCUUCGAUCAUUACUUUAUUAGUUCAAGCUAUAAGGAGACGGCAAUAUAUUUAAUUGUGAAGGCUCCUUCGGGUUGGGGGGCUACAGUCUGGGGAAAAGAUCAGCUGUAAGUAUGGAAAUUAUUUUAUAGUAAAAGCACAAUGAGUAAAAGUAAGAGUCGUUUCUAACUGAAGCGUGCCGGGAAGUCGAAGAACGAUGCGAGAACCGAGUGCGUGCGAUGGAAAGGAGGCUGCAAUCUGCAGAGAAGAAGCAGAGGGAGCAAGAAAAUCGAGCACGCUGGCACCAAGUGUGCUCUUGGUGCUGUAUUCUAUUCGUUAUAGGAUGUGGCUGGUAUUUCCACAGCAAGUACUAGGCUGAUGAGAUAUGGAUUGACGUAUUUGAAGGUGGUAAGUCCAAUAGGAUUCAAUAUAGACACUUUUCCUUCUCCGGUCGGGGAUGAAAGACUUCAAUUUUUAGGAAUAAGAAUCAUCUUAGUUGCUCAGCAACAGCAGACGUUUCUCACGCAAGAAAAACCGAACGCAGUCGCUCAGCAGAAGAAAGGCCUCCACCACUACAGGUAGUUGUGCCGACAAGGACAGUGCAUCACUCUUGAUAGAAUUGGGCUCUCUCAUGUUGUUCCAUGUGCUGGCAAUGUUUUUGCUGCAUCUGUCCUAGCACCUGAUUGCACUUUCAACAUUGGCGUCCGUCAUGCGUGUUCGUGUUCGCAGCUCUAUCUUCUCUCACGAUCUCGCAAAAACAAGACACUUAGCC